AUGCGAUCGUUGCGUUCUUUGCGGUUCCGACGCAUCUUCGCUGAGGAGGAAGGCUUGACACGAGUGGUCGAAGAGUCAAACCAUUCGUGUAAAAGUACUGUAAAUAAAUUCAGUUUCGCUCAAACCGGACAACACUUCCUCUCCGCUAUAGUGAUGUCUAUUACUCCUAAGAUAUACAACUUGUCGACAUUACUCGCGGCUCCCAUUCCUCCGUGGAUUCGUGUGGUUAAGGAUCCCAUCAAAAGACAGCUCAAGAAUGAGCUCAAACUCGUGACCCUUAAGUCCGUGAAGAGAGUUGACGUCCGAUUUGAUCCCUUCCACCGCAACGUCUCAUCCAUUCGCCAAUUCUUGACAGCAAUCAGUUCGUCGAAGACUCGCGCAACGAAUCCAAAGUGUGGUCUCAAGACUGAAGUACUGUCCAAACGUGAAGAGCCGACCGUCACUGUAUCGCUCGAAAGUGGUCAACGAAUUAUAUUUAAGACGAGUCUAUUGUCGACACUAGAAAUCGCCGAAAAUUAUAAUUUAAUACUCAAUCGUUUGACAGAAAGAGACGAAAGUGUUGUUUAGAGAGUGAGUGAGACAUUGGAUUGUUUGCUAAUUAUGGCGAACCCACACAUCAAUCAUUUGGCCACUGAUAUGAGUAUAUUAAACAAAUUAUACCGAAAUAUCCCCGCAUUUGAUGAGCUCUUCGAUGAACACACUUUCUAUAUAUUCGCCUUCGUAUUCACUCUCUCCUCCAUUAUUGUAGUCAUAAUUAUCUCACGAUUUAUUAAACUAAAAGAAGUCGACUAUUAGUAGUCAUUUGGCUUUAAUUAUAGUCAUGUAAAGUAGUUAUGUUUUCAAUAAAUAAAAGUAUCAUUUAAUGCCAAUAU